CUCGGGAAAUUUCUGAUUGGUUACUCCCCGUUAAAGGCUUGGGCGAGGAUCACAUGUAAUGUAAACAAACGCUAAAAAACUCAUCAGCGAAUCCCAGAACACACUUCCAAACCAGGUAAAUUAAUAAGCAUAAUGCCCUUCUCAUUCGCGCUUUUCAGAGUAUGAGACAGCUUCAAUAAAACCAGUUUAAAUACUAGCGCUACGUUAAUGCAAAAACUAGUAACUCGGCUGGCACAUGGCGCUAAGCCCCGCCCCCCGGCCGCGCAUGCGCAGUGACGCGUGAUCGCGCUGUGCUCGUCCCUCGGCCCAUGUGUUGCUCAAGUCCUCAAACCUCGGUAACGGUGUCGCCUCGCUGUGUCACGGCAGUCAUGGAGGUUCGACCUAAAGUGAACUAAGUGCAUCCCAUUAUCAAACGUGUUUUUUUGUUUUGUUUUGUUUUUUAUCUGUGCUUUUUUUUUUUUUUGAGUGAAGGACGCGUAGGAAUUCGUUGUCCUGUGGAAGGUCAGCUGAUCAUUUCUGUGUGUCGUGCAUAACUGUGUUUCUCGUAAGCGAAAACUAGUCGGCAGGAAAAAAUGGAGAUAAGAUAACAAUUUCUCUGUCAUCAAGCGACUGACUUUGCCUUUGGAUAUUUCGAAACGGUGGGCCCUCGUAACGAAAGGCUGGUUCAACAGGGUAGAUUGUCUUGUUGUUAAAUCUCAGUCAACAAGAGACAGGUGAAGCAGAGUUAGUGAAAGUGCACAAACGAGCUCAAGAAUUCGAGGCAGAAGCGCGUACUGCAACGCUGACCAGUGCGAACGCUUAUGUGCCGUGUCAAGUGUGAUGCGCUGAGGGUCAGCUUUCGGCGAAGACUCUCGUGGUUCGGCCUGUGAGUGUGACCCGCGGUUCGACGCAGCGCAGGAGUCGGCAACAGGACCCUUCCUCUCGCUCCCUGUGGCUCAGGGCCUCCACACUCGACGAAUAUGAGUUGUGCUCAAGUGAUGUACCAGCCGUACGCUCCCAGUCCUUACGUGGUGCAGCCGGAGACGCCGCAGGCCGCACCUCCCCACGCGUCCGGCCCGUCGUCCACGCCGGUGACGGAGGCCAGGCACGCUGACGGCGUACUCCACCACCCACAGCCGCCCGCCCCCAGCAUCACUCCCCAGAGUCCGCCCCACGCCCACCACCACCACCACCAGCCGCCGCCACAGUCACAGAUACCACAGAGCAGCGAGGCGGGGGGUAGCAACACUCAAAUACAACAGCAGCAACAGCAGCAACAACCUCAGCAGCAGCAACAGCAAGGAGCGUCGGACCUCAGCGGGGGGCAGCGAUCCCAUGCCCGAGCGCCCUACAGAGCCGCCUCCAAUGGCUCUGCGGCGGCGGACCCCGACGCUCCUCCGCCAGAGAAGAAAUUCUGUGGCGAAGCGGACGCCCCCCCAGCUCCCCCUACCCCUUCGCUACCCCCUCCUCACCACCACCAACACGCAACUCACCACCAUCACCAACACCAGCAGCAUCACCAUCACCACCAUUCCUCACACCAUCAUCCGCCGCAUAGUGAGCCACCAGGAUCGCCAACACAACAUGCCAACGAGGUGAAAUACGUAUCUGCAAAUUGCAUGGUGGUCACGCACUAUGCAGGCGACACGGCAACGGUGGUGGACGAGCAUUUCAGCCGAGCACUGUCGACUCCCCACUUCGAAAAAGCUCACUCUCCAGGGAAAGCUUCGUCGCCCAUGUCGUCCCGGAACUUCCCUCCGUCGUUCUGGAACAGCAACUACCAGGUGCCGUCGACGUCGUCAGCCUCCUCGUCGCGCCCCCCGAGCCUGGCUGGGCACCUGACGGGGGCGUCGCCGGCGGACCUCUACGACCCUUACCACAGCGGCCUCCACUCGCUCCAGGCUCCCGCGCCGGACCCGUGGGCGGCCUACUCCUUCUCCUCGCAGGCUUAUGGGCACCGCAGCGUGGCUCAUGACGUGUACCAGGCUGCCAUGUCUUCUGUCCCUUCGUCUUCGAGGCCGUAUCACCAGUACUCAUCGCUCUCCUUCCAGCCACACCUUGCCAGGCUGCCCGGGGUGUCAGCCGUCACUUCACAGAUGCCUAUGGCGAAACCUGACAGUUGGGGCGCCCGCUACCACGAGGCCUUCAGUAAUCCGGAACUGGCCCACGGCCUCGACACCAAUUAUUCGGCACCUCACUACCCGAACGUCCCAGGACUAGAGACCGGAGUCCCCCAGGAAGGUGCCAAGGAUCUCUACUGGUUCUAGACGAAGACGCAGACGAAGACGAAGCUCCCCCCCCGCGUCUUCUGCGACGUCGCUGCAUGGCGAGGAAGGUCAAAGGUCGUCUACGCUGACCCCAAUUGCCAGGGGAGGAGCCUGCUGAGUAUUAUCCAUGUGCCAAGUGAAAGAGGCAGCCGGGCGUGCGGGACAGUGUGUUUGCUUGAGAAAAUACAGUCGAGUCUCGCAGACCAUCGACUGUUGUUACAGUGUCCAUCAUAUCCUCUGAUAAUAGGAUUACGAAAGAUAAUGAUGAUACUAAGAAUAGAAAUCACUGAUCGUAUAUUGACCAACAUACUCUGUGAACAAUGUGCUUAAGCCGAGAGUAUAACCAGUGUCAAUAUAUAAACUACGAGAUCGCGUGUGCAGAGCGCUGUCGAAAUGGAGGCACAAUCACAAAACGAAGGUGCUAAUAUGGUGUCAAAAAUAUACAAAAAUAUCACGACAAGUAGACUAUAUAUUUUUGUUGAUCACACAUACAAAAAAAAGAAGAAGAGAAAUGUACAAACUGGAGUUUUUAUUUCACAUUGCUAAUGCUUUAAACUAUUUUGUUAGGUUAACUGUACAGUUUGUUGUCAGCUGCGGUAUCCAUAGGAGUACUUUUUAGUUAUGCUGUACAGUCUGUUCUCAGUUGCAGUUAUCUAUAGUUGUACAUUUAGUUGUGCUGUUUUGCUACUUUCACGAGGUCAUGAGGAGGAGAUUCCCAAACGAAGAAAAAAAAAUACACACCGCAUGGCAAGGGAUUUUCUUUUCUUUUUUUUCUGCUUUUCAUUUUCGUUUUUUUUUUUUUUUUUUUUUUGAACUGUCGCCUUUUCUCUUCUUGUCCCUCUCUCUUUGUUUUCUUUUGGUUCUAUGUAUACAUUUUUUUUUUAUUAUUAUCUUUUCAUUAUAUUGUUAGUCGAUUUUCUGUUUUAUGAUCAGGGUAAGCUAUCAGGUGAAUUAAUUAAUAUAAACUACAAUGAAAAAUAAAACAGAUCGGCUUUAAUGAUAAAUAAUCACACACACACACACACACACACACACACACACACACACACACACACACACACACACACACACACACACACACACACACACACACACGAUGAAAAUACAACACAAAAAUAAAUAAAGUCCCAUGAAAAUAACAGAAAUGCAAUACAAAAAAAAAAUUCAAUCCCUUUCUCACUCGUUUGAUAACGAGGCGGAAUCUCCUUCUAUGAAUCUUACUUAAUCUUCAUCAAUUUAAUUUAAUUACGUUGUAGUUUAUGCAACCAAGGACUAUUGACAUAUCAUUUACUAAUUUUGUGGGAAGCAAGAGAACUGAUAACGUUUGUAUGUACAUAUGUAGGCCGUUACCAUAUAUCUGGGGAAUUCUUCUUGUAAACUAAUAUUUAUUGACAUUUUAACACUUCAUUCUUUUUAAGUUAUUUAUUAUGUUAUUUUAAGGUACGUGAAUUCCUAGGGUAUAUGAAUAUCUGUAAUGAUGGAUGUAUAAAGUGUUUUCUUUGACCGGAAUAUCUAUGCAGGAAUGAUAUUCGUUAUAUAUACUACAAAAAAAAUAAUGUUGUAUGUUGAUGGGAAACCAAAUAAAGACCUGUGUUUUGUUUGGGGUCGAGAGGGGGAGGUUACACGGCCUUCCCCCACCCCACCCCCUCCGAACGCACUCCCAAAACGGUAAUUUUUUUCCCCAGUGUGUAACCAUGGUACUUUAUUCAUUGCUUCUGUUCUUGGAAUUCAUCAUGAAGGGAAUUUUAAAAAAGGCGUAUUUGCGGGGCAAGGUUCACAGCGUAAGAACAGGUCAGCGGGUCCUGGCUGUUCAGAAUUCAAAGGUAUUGUGUUCAAGGUGAACAGAUUGAGAACGUACCUCUGUUAUUUACUUAUUUUUAAAAAAUUAUUUGUAUGUUUUUGUUAAAGUUCCUUUGUAUAUUCAGGUUCCUUUUUACAGAUUGCUCUUAAUCUAAUAAAAGAUAUAUAAUGUUUAAAAUAUUAGUCAUUCUUUCUGUCAAAGCACUAAUUGGAUUCAAACAGUAAUGCAAAAUGCUUCUGUCGUUUUUUUUAAGCAAAGAAAAUACACAACUUCCACGAAAUAAAAUUGAAGUAUUAAUAAAAAUCCCGAGACGAACAAAAAAUUAUAGCAAUAAAGAUAAUAAUGUCAUAUAUAUGAAAAACUUACAGAAACAGAAGCCUUGUCUGAAGUAUGUGGUUACAGACGACAUCACACUGGCGGGUAUGAUAAGCAGUUAUGGGUCUUGCAAUGAAUAAAGACAUCACAUUGAUGGCUCUUAGAUCAUUGCUAGCGUUGCAGAAGUGGAUUUGUGAGGGUACGGUGUUGAAGCGUUCUGAUAACGUCACGGUUGUUGCAUGUCCGUCUCAGGUUGUGGGAAAGAAGGAUGUAUGUGUUGUUUGAUCCGAGAAAUUUGUAAAUAAAUGGUGUUUAUUACAUA